GGGCGCUUCCGGAAAACGCGUGGCGGGUAAAGAGAGCCUCCCGGCUGUACUGAGCUCCGUGUUCAGCGGGGUUUCUGGUUUUUUUUUUACAGGAAAAGGAGACAGAGGGAAUGAGCUGCUGACUCCCGGGGAGCUGCCCACAUUCACAACAUAAACGAUGAGGACUAAAGAAGGAGCACCCUCAGACCGUGUCUAUUUGGUCGGAAUCAUUUUCUUUAUCCUUGGACUGGGAACUCUGCUACCAUGGAAUUUUUUCAUGACUGCCUCCAUGUAUUUCAAUAACAGACUGAGUGGAGGGAACACGUCUGAGUCGAGUAAUGGAACAGCUACUGCCAGGAAGGAGUAUUACUUCAACAACUGGAUGACUUUACUGUCCCAGCUGCCUCUGCUGCUCUUCACCCUUCUCAACUCCAUCCUCUACCCACGGAUUUCGGAGAAGGUGCGGAUAGCAGGCAGUCUGGUUUUUAUCCUCAUCCUCUUCAUCCUCACUGCCAUCCUGGUGAAGAUUCCCAUGGAGGAGGACCAAUUCUUCUCCAUCACUAUGGCGACCAUCUGGUUCAUAAACUCAUUUGGAGCGGUGCUGCAGGGCAGUCUGUUUGGUUUGGUUGGACUGCUGCCUCAGAAGUACAGUGCAGUAUUUAUGAGUGGACAAGGUCUGGCGGGAACCUUCGCUGCCCUUGCCAUGCUCUUCGCCAUCGCGAGUAAAUCAGAUGACGAGACUGCUGCUCUGGGAUAUUUCAUCACUCCGUGUGUGGGGACUCUAGUAACACUGAUCAGCUACCUACUGCUGCCCAAACUGGACUUUGCCAGGUAUUAUCUGAACAGCAGUAGGAGUCAGAACUAUGAAAUUGAUACUUCUCACCAGCUGCUCCCUAAAGAGACGCCUCUGGAAACCACAGAGCUUAAUGGCCAUGCAAACGGAUCUGUACCUAAAGGAAACCCCAGCGGUUCGGCCAGUGAGGAUGUUGAUGGUGGCAGGCAAGCCUUCAUCAGUCUAGAGAAUGCUGAUGCUAAAGAGACUAAAAGCUCAGUCCUGGAGGUGUUUAAAAAGAUCUGGGUGAUGGCGUUCUGUGUAACAUUUGUGUUCACGGUCACCCUCUCUGUGUUCCCCGCUGUUACAGUGGACGUGAAGACUGCUUAUCCAGGAAAUUGGGAGCCUUAUUUCAUUCCUGUGUGUUGUUUCCUGGUCUUUAACGUGAUGGACUGGACCGGGAGAACAGUCACAUCUCUCGUACAAUGGCCUCCUAAGGAAAGUCGCUUGUUUCCGGCCUUGGUGAUCAGUCGGGUGGUCUUUGUACCUCUGCUGAUGCUAUGUAAUGUCCAGGAGCGUCGUUUCCUGCCUGUUUUCUUUUCCCAUGAUGUUGUCUUCGUUAUUAUUAUGAUUUUGUUCUCCGUCACCAGCGGCUACUGCGUCUGCCUCUCCAUGUCUUAUGCACCACAGCUGGUGGCUCCAAAAGACGGAGAGACUGCUGGAGCUCUGAUGACGUUUUUCCUGGCUCUGGGUCUUUCUCUGGGAGCUGCCAUCUCAUUCCUGCUGCGUUUUCUUGUCUAGCCCAAGUUGUGCUCAUCUAACGCUCACCCUCAAAAGCCCUCAUGCUGUAACCUUCUUUCACUCCAUCGGAAAGGUGAGACGCCCCCUCAUCAGAACCAUGCAAAGAAAAAGCCUUACUGGGCAUUGCAGGAGCAUCAUCAUCAUUGCUGGAGUUGUUCAGAGGAAUUGGCAUGGUAGGAGAAAAAGGACUGAGCUGGAAGGCGACAUGAAGAUUCUGGUGGCCAUAUCUGCUGCAAAAAAAGCAUAGUCAAAAAAGGGAGAUGGUGAGGAUGAUUUCAGGUAGAAUGAAAGGGAUAUACACCUCACCAUCAUUAACAAAAACAUUUUCAACAAUUUAAACUGUAACAGUAUCUAACACUGCCACAUCUGGCUACAGUCUUAGAUAUAAGUGUCAAAUUAGAGUCAUUGCUGGUUCUUUGGGUAGGUGCUGUAGAAGAAUCACUUUAAGCUCUUAAAAUAAUCUUCUGUGGUGUAUAUAGAACCUGUCACUCAAUGUAAAGGUUCUAAACAAAGGUUAGUGUGAUUGUCUAAACUAGCAAUUUGAAAAAUAUAUUAAAUAAUUUCAGGGUUUUUUGUUUGUUUAUUUUGUAGUUCUCUUAAGCUGAGUAACACCUCAAACAGACAAACCAGUACUAUUGUCUUUAAAGGGAUAGACACAGUGACCAUGAUUAUGUCAAAAGAGAUGGUACAGUUGUGGACAGAGGUUUCCAUAAGCUCUUCAUUAACAUGAAAGUUAUUACAAUAUUGAGUUUCCAAUUUUUUCUUCGAACUGUUAUUUUGCAGAAAACAGAAGGAAGACAUGAGGUAGACCUUGUUCUGUGCUGUGUAACAGACCUAGGGCAUGUUGCUCACAUCACCAUUUUUAAAGGAGAAAUGCUGUGUGAAAUAAACCUGGGGUGUAGUGAAACAUAACAAGUAAGUACUUUUGUUAAAUAGCCCAACUCCAUUCACCCCCAGCCUUCCCAAAUACAGUGCUUUUAGCCGAUGCCCCCAAAAGGCUAACAAUCUGAUGGUGAACAUAGGGUUUUGGUGAAAAUGGCUUUUUUUUUUUUUUUUUUUUUUUAACACCAUUAACAAGCUGAAUUAAAGAAUUCAAAGGGCCCUGACCUUAAAAACAAGGCACUUUGAAAGAGCACAGGUAGUUUGCUAAAAAAAAGAAAACUGUUUAUAUACGCAGUACCUUGGGCCAUCUUGAAAUUAAGUCACAGUAAGUUGACAAGUCACAAGAAUACUGACGAUCGUUUUGGUCAGCACACUUAACGUGACUUAAUUUCAAGAUGGUGGUGCCUGGAGAGCUACCUUAAAGUUCUCAGUGCCUUGUUUUAAAAGUCAGGGACCUCGGAAUUCAACCAGCGAAGUGUGAAGCUACUUUAAGCUUGUUAAUGGUGUAAAAAUAGCCAUUUCUCUGCAUGGGCGACACUAUGCCACGCAUUGCUAGCAGUGUAAGCCUGUUGGGAACGUUCAACUAAAGGUUGGUCCAGAAAGUAAAAAUCCAACCCAGGGUUUUGUACCAACUGCCUGGGCCUCAGCUCCAGCAGAUCCACCCAGGCAGUUGGUACAUAACCCUUGGUCAGAUUUUUACUUUUUGGACCUGGGUUAUCCACCUCUACAUGCAACAAAAGUUUGUGCUCAUUUAUCACAUUCCACUACUCCCCGAGUUCAUUUCACACUGGAUUUCUGCUUUAACAGUUGGUACAGGUGGUGUUCUGAUGUACAUAAAAGGACAAGUCUUCUGGAGGAAAUAUUUAAGUAAAUGUGUGAAGAUUGCUUACCUUGUGCACUCAGUUCCAAAAGAUCAUUAAAUUUCAUGUAAAUAAAGUGUAUGCAAACGACUACCACAGCUGUACCUGGUAAGAGGAAAUAAAGAAAGGGAUGAGCGUUUUCAAAUAGCUCAUUUGGAGCUUCCCUUUUAAAAACCAGACCAACUUCUCAGGAACAUUUUCAAACUAUAUUUGAAUAAAAGAAGUAACUGUCUGAAUGUCAGGGCCGUGUCUGAACGACACACUGAUUGCUCCAACCAGGGUGAAAAACUGGUUUGAGCUCUCAUAUUAAAAGGGAGCAACAUUAGACACACAUACAAUCAGGUCAAUAAGGACACACACACACACACUCAAUAACCAAAUAUGUAGUUCUAUAAUUACAGACUGUAGUUGUGUUUGUGCUUCUCUGCAUAAUUAAUUGUCCUCCUUUCACCCUGUUUUUCAAUAGUUAGGCCCACAGGACCAUCACAGACAACACACAGACACAGCAGUGCUGCUAGAGUUUUUAAACACUGUAUUCACUCACUGUCCUCCACUCUAUUAGACACUUAGUCUGUAAUUAUAUAACUACAAAGUGGUAAGAAAAGUUGAAAAACUAUAGAGUGCACAUAAACAAGGAAUUGGAGUUAAAUCUUACGUUUUUUUUUUACCUGCUAACAUAAGCAAGUUUAAACAAAAUGGUACAUAUGGUUAUGCACAAAAUAAAAUGUGUAAAUUCAUCUGUUAAAUUGAAUUAUUUUAAGAAUAUUUAGCAGUGUAUAGUAAGGUGUAUCAGAAUGGAAUAAAAAUCUAUAUUUCUUUUGAUAAAACUAGAUCUAGUUUGUUUUGCUUGUACACUGUAAUUUAUUGAAUCAUAAAUUGGCUCAGUGCUGACCUCACAGACAACCUGCAAGGUCGGCACUGAGGAAGACAACAGGCCUGCCCUUUGGCCCACUCUGUAUUUUGUAAGAUAAGGCAGCUGGAGUGGAUUUAAAGGGAGGACGGCAGAUAAAAAAAAAUAGCACUUUUCUUACAUGUUUGUGUUCUGGUUCGGUUUUGCUGUUUGGAACUGCAGAGUGCUUUCACUCUGUUAUACUGAGUUACUGAUUAAAUGAAUUAUAAGUAAUCUGGCUAAUAUGCAAAAUCAUGCUAAUAAUAAGUAGUAGUUAUAGUAGUUGUAGCAGUUAUGUACCAAAAUAAACAAUUUUGACUGAAACCGAACCCAUACUCACAUUUGAUUUGCGAUGUUUAUUCAACACUUUGACCAGCAUUUAAAAUGUUAAAUAAAUGCCAGUCCAAAGAAAUACAUUAUUAUUAAAUUGAGAAUUUAAAAAGUUAUUUAUUGUGCAGCUCUAAAUUUCAUAGCUAAACUCUACUAAGGCGUGUGUGUGUGUUUGUGUGUGUGUGUGUUUGUGUGUGUGUGUUUGUGUGUGGUGUGUAGAGACAGAGAAAGGGAGAGAUUUUCAAACUGCUCAACGCAUUUAUAUGGAAAAAAAAAACGUGAUUUAAACGUCAGGAAUUCACUUAACUAGCUGAGCUCCAGUUUUACAUUUUGCACUGGGUUCUGUUUUUGUAUUAUUAUUAGUAUUUAUUAUUAUUUAUUAUUAAUAAUAAUAAUAGCUUACCAUGUUACCUAUUUUUGGGAGAUUCUUAAUAUUUGCGUUUUUUUUUUUGUUGUUGUUGUUGUUGUUUUUAUAUAUAUAUAUAUAUAUAUGUCUGUUCUGACAGUAAUCAAAAUUUGUUUUUCAAAUUUCCUUUUUCUGUCUUAACUUUAUUUACAGUACAGUAGUUAACAUUUUAAGUUUUGCAUUGAUUUAAAUGUAGACUUUAGUUUCAGAUUUGCGUUUGUGAACUUUAGUUUUUGUUAAUAUUAAUAAGGAGUUAUGUUUGAAUGAUUGAACAGGACUGUUGACUUUAAACGAGGUAAAACAUGUACAUCAGAGUAUAUUAGACAAAAAUACAUGUAUAUUCUAAAACCCCUUUUGGCCAGGAAAUGUGUAAUUUCCAAGUAGUGAAUUGUCAUGGGAUUGUUUUUGGUUUAUUUCAAAUAAAGUAUUUGUGCAGCAUCUAAUCUCUUUAA